UUUACGUUCUAGUGGGGAAGAUAGACAAAUGAAAAGCAAAUAAAUAUUUUUGGAGAGUGAAAACUGCUAAGAACAAAGGAUCAGGAAGCUAGUGAGUGAAGGUGAUAAGAUGUGCUAUUUAGAUAGAAUUAAGUCAGGCCUCUAGAGGAGAUAGCAUUUGAAAAUAACUGAGUGAUGCAAGCAGUGUGAAGAUGUGGAGAAGAGCACUGCAGGCAGAGGGAACAGAAAGUAGUCAAGAAAGCAGGCCUUGAGUAAACAAUGAGUGAGGAGGAGGCUGCCAGUAGGUUCUACCGAUUAGAUUAUAUAGUGCCUUAGAGGCCAAGGUAAGGGAUUUGGGCUAUUACUAGUGUGCUAGGAAAUCACUGGAGGGUGUUCAGCAGAGGAGAGAUGUAAUAUAAUUUAGGUUUAAAAAACAUCACUGUAGUUGCUGUGUGGAGAAUAGACUCUCGGGGCAAGACUGGAAGCACGGAGACUGAUUGGAAGCUACUGCAAUGGUGAGGCAUGUCUUGAGGGUAUAGAUGGUAGUGUUUGCUGAUGAACUGAAUAUUGGAAGUAAGAACAAGAAGAAAGAAGGAUAAUGCUCAGGUUUUUGGCCUGAGCAUGUAGGUUUGCAAGUCUGGACUGGGCAGUGACCUCUGGGCUCGCCACUCCAGCCUGGUGUAUAUCCUCUGGCUCCAUGGCCAACUUCUGGCUCCUACAGACCGGAUGAAGCAGACUAGAGACACAAGUGGAGAAAGCCUCCAGCUGGCAAUUUCUCAGAGUGUAGUCCUCUGGCUGCUGGCCGGGCCCAGCCUGCCUCAUGGAGAGGAUGAACUGGCUAAGCAGACUGGCCUCCCGAGGUCCUGGGCACCGUGUACCUCAAGGGGCUAGUCUGCAGACCCCUGUCAUGGCUGAUCCUGAGACCUGCCUCAUGGUCUUCAAGAAUCACUGGUCGCAGGUGGUGCGAAUCCUGGAGCGGCAAGGCCCUCGGGCAGCUCCUGGGGGUGCAGAUGAUCUCAGUGCUGUGUGCAACCACACUUAUCAGAUGCUGACACUUCUGGCAGAGGAUCGUGCAGUCCCCUCAGCCCCCACAGCCCCUGGGCCCCUGCUGGAGUUUGCACUGCGCGAGGAUCUGCUAACCCGUUUGUUGGCAUGGCAGCUUCAGUGGGAUGACUUUGGGGAUGGGGUUGAGGAACGGCGGGCUGAGCAACUGAAACUAUUUGAGAUGCUAGUGAGUGAAGCUCGCCAGCCGCUGUUGAGGCAUGGUCCAGUUCGUGAGGCUCUGCUGACCUUGCUGGAUGCCUGUGGCUGCCCUGUGCCCAGUAGCCCAGCACUGGAUGAAGGCCUGGUGCUACUUCUCAGCCAGCUGUGUGUGUGUCUGGCCCGGGAGCCUUCAUUGCUCGAGCUCUUCCUGCAGCCACCUCCUGAGCCUGGAGCUGCCCCCCGUCUUCUCCUCUUUUCUCGCCUUGUCCCCUUCGUCCAUCGAGAGGGCACCCUGGGCCAGCAGGCCCGUGAUGCCCUACUCUUGCUCAUGGCUCUGUCAGCUGGGAGCCCCACUGUGGGCCGCUACAUCGCAGAUCACUCUUACUUCUGUCCGGUGCUGGCCACAGGGUUGAGUGCCCUGUACUCCUCGCUGCCUCGAAAGAUUGAGGUUCCAGGGGAUGAUUGGCACUGCCUGCGACGGGAGGACUGGCUGGGAGUGCCAGCCCUUGCACUCUUCAUGAGUUCCCUUGAGUUCUGCAAUGCAGUCAUUCAGGUGGCUCACCCUCUGGUACAGAAGCAAUUAGUUGAUUAUAUCCAUAAUGGAUUUCUGGUUCCUGUCAUGGGCCCUGCCCUGCACAAG